AUGAGCAAGGAUCAAGAUCAAAUCAAUCAUGGGGGCGCUUUCGAUCACAACUCGCCCCGCCCGCCGGUACCAGGCGAGGAAAAGAGCCACUUUUUGUCCGAUUGGGGCCCGGCAGAAGUCAAAUUUGCCAUACCAAACUCGCCUGUACCCAAGAAGAGAACUUUGGAGCUUCCUUUGGGCACCCGAUCGCCCCCCGCCUGUUUGCGGUGGGCUCAAUCCCUGCACGCCUUACUGCAAGAUGUCGAAGGUGUCAAAUUGUUUAGACAGUAUUUGGAAUCUGAAGGCAAGCAGCACGCUGAUGCUUUAGAUUUUUGGUUUGCUUGCCAGGGAUUGCGUAAGCAGCAAGGAUUGGACAAAAUCAUGCAGCUAGUUAAGUUGAUUUAUAAGAAAUUUUUCGUAAAAUCCGUACUUCCAGUAGCCGACGAGGUGCGUAAAGAAAUCGGACAAAUAGUUAAGUCUUCCCAGUGCCUUGAACCUCCAGUAACGCUCUUUGACAGAGUACAAGCUCAAAUCGAACAUUUGAUUGUCACUACUACUUAUCCGAACUUCCUCAAAAGCGACAUGUACCUGCAAUUUGUUGAGAAUGCGCAAAGUUCCACUAGUAGCAGCGGUAGCAACAGUAGCGAUUUUAGCAGUAGCAACGAAAUUUUAAAUCUGGCCAGCGCUUUGGAUCCCUUGCCAACUUUGCACGAAGACUCAGAGCUGAUUAUGAACCCGCCUGUGCUUCCGGGGUACCACACGCCAGGUGCCUCGGUGCGACUUACCAAAGACAUUUUGUUGAUGUCGCAAAGUCGCAGGGCUGUGGACAGGUCCAAGUCUGAAACUUUUGCCAGUAUGUUUGUUUAUCGCCAUGGCGCGCACGCUGCCUACAAUUCCUAUAACCCUGUCUCGAGACAGGACAGCGAGCUGCACAGUCUCAGUAGUCACUCUGAUGCCCGGACCGAGUCGGACAAUUUGUCUCUGACUGACAGUUCAGUUGAUGGUAGAUCCUUGGGUAGAACAACCAGACGUCAAACAGCCCUAAACCGUGAAGUGCACAUGAAUCAAAUUGUCAUCCCUCGCACACAAAGAGUAGACAAAACCCAAUGCCAACCCAUGGAUCCCGACAAAUUCGCCUCAAUACUAAUAGGCAAACUAGAAGCUGUCAAAAAACACCAAGACUCCAAAGAGCUAUUGGACAGAAAACUAAAAGAAGGCGAAUCACUACCGUCUACUAUUUUAUUGGACGACGAAAACGACCAAUCAAUUUUAGAUGAUCAUGUAUCAUUAGUAUUUCCGGACACACCAGCCAGAUCGCCAGGGGUGACUUCGCCGCACAAAAACCGCCACAUUUCCAGACGGCGCAAAGACGGUUCGAUAUUCAGCAGUGAUUCGGGCAACGUACAUGAUUUUGCCGAAGGCUCCGAGCACAAAUUCGCUAUGGUUAAAUCGAAAAGCAUACCAGAAUAUCCAGAUGAUAGAUUUGUCCGCAAUAGUGUAGGCCGUAGGUCUUCCAAAAAAGCCGAAUUGACAGAUAGUGGUGUGUCUGUAGUGUCUGACGCCCCGCCUGUAGCUGCUCAAGUCAAAGAUAGUAGAGUUACUGCAUGGCUUAUGUCCAAUCAUAACGAUAGUUUUGCCAAGCAACGCAGCUAUCGUACAAGCAGUGCUACUUCACCUAUUUCAAAUAGGCACAAGAAAGGUUUUGGUUCUAGAUCAAGUAGUGUAGAACGUAGCAGCGUUUCUGGUACUAAUUUAGAACCAAAAGCCACCAAUAGUACUUUGAAUCAGCUAGAAGAGGCUAGAAGAAGAUUGCUCGAAGAUGAUGUUAGGACUAGAACAAAGCAACGGUCAACUUCAAGUCGUCAUUAUCCGGAUUUGACUCAAAGCAGCCAAUCAACGUUGAGGAAAUCGCAAAGGGGUCCCAGGCCAUCGUUGCCUACUUCCCAAUCGGCUGACGAGUUGACUACGGUGGUAUUUUCGUUCUGUGACGAACAGUUUCCUUAUAGGACGAAAAUACCCGGUACUCAGAUCACCUUGAGGCAUUUCAAGGAUUAUUUGCCGAAAAAGGGGAAUUACAGAUUUUUCUUUAAAACCGUAUGCGAGGAUUUGGGCAAUCAAGUAAUCCAAGAAGAGGUGAGCAACGAUAGUGAUAUACUCCCAUUGUGGGAAGGGAAAAUAAUGGCUCAAGUUAAGCCUAUCGACUGA